AUGAACAGCUGGGGAAUCAUCAUAUCCUUCGGCAUCUUCCAAACCUACUACGUUUCAACCCUUGACCUGCCCCCCUCCGACAUCUCCUGGAUCGGAUCCCUCGCCGUCUUCCUCCUCUUCUUCGGCGGCAUCGUGAGCGGCCGCCUGACCGAUGCCGGCUACUUCCGCAGCAUCACAACACUCGGUUCAUUCCUCAUUGUGUUUGGGUGCUUCAUGACGUCGCUCUGCACAACCUAUUGGCAGUUGUUGUUGGCCCAAGGAGUCUGUAUUGGGAUUGGCAACGGAUGCUUGCUCACACCCAUGAUGACGGUCAUGUCAACCUAUUUUGCGCGCAAGCUGCCGCUCGCCAUGGGGAUCGCAGCCUGUGGGAGUGUUGUGGGCGGUCUUAUAUACACUGGCAUGGCGAGGACAUUGUUACCUAGUAUUGGGUUUGGGUGGACGCUGAGGGCGAUUGCGUUCAUUCAACUUGGCACGCUGGCGCUGGCGAUGAUGGUGGUGCGGCCGAGAGAUUUGCCGUCGAAGGGCGAGAGGACACUGCCAAUGGUGGACUUCACUGCUUUUAGAGAAGCUGCGUUCAGUCUGUUUGUUGCUGGGUCCUUCUUGUCGUUCAUGGGUGUCUUCUUCGGAUUCUUCUACCUCGCUUCCUAUGCUCGAGACAUCAAUGGGAUGACCUACACCGACUCCCUGAACCUGUUGCUUGCCCUCAACGGAAUCGGCUUUGUAGGCCGACUGCUGCCAACACCCCUCGCCAGGUUGUUCGGUACUCUUAAUGCCUUCAUCGCACUAGUGUUGGCUUCGGCGUUGGCCAUGUACACCUGGAUUGCCGUGCAUUCAACAGCCGGGCUAUACGGUUGGACAGCUUUGUACAGCAUCGCUGUAGGCGGCGUUCAGUCCUUGAUGCCUGCGGCGGUGGCUGUGUUGAACUCGGACUUGGGCAAGGCGGGAUCACGACUGGGGAUCGUUUUUGGUGCUGUCGGCAUUGGUUCUCUGAUCGGGUCGCCGAUAGCCGGCGGGCUCAUCACUGCUGGGGGUGGAUCCUAUGUUGGAGCACAAGUUUUCUCAGGGAGUGUUUUGGCAGCGGGAGCAAUGCUCAUGCUAGGAGCGAGGGAGAUCAGGAGAUGGAAGACAUCUGCAAGUUUCUGGUCCAAGUUAUAG